AGCAAGACUUCUCAGAUGGAGCAAAGGACCACGGGCUGGGAUGCCAAGCGCUAUGCAAAGUGGUACGAGUGCAACAGAGAGAAAUUAUGCGAAUCACUCCAGGCUGUGUUUGUUCAGAGUUACCUCGAUCAAGGAACACAGAUCUUCUUAAACAACAGCAUUGAGAAAUCGGGCUGGCUGUUUAUCCAACUGUACCACUCCUUUGUGUCAUCUGUUUUUAGUCUGUUUAUGUCUAGAACAUCUAUCAAUGGGUUGCUCGGAAGAGGCUCAAUGUUUGUGUUUUCCCCAGAUCAGUUUCAGAGACUGCUUAGAAUUAACCCUGACUGGAAAACCCAUAGACUUCUCGACUUAGGUGCUGGAGAUGGAGAAGUCACAAAAAUCAUGAGCCCGCAUUUUGAAGAAAUUUAUGCCACUGAGCUGUCUGAAACGAUGAUAUGGCAGCUUCAGAAGAAGAAAUACAGAGUGCUCGGUAUAAAUGAAUGGCAGAAUACAGGGUUCCAGUAUGAUGUCAUCAGCUGCUUGAAUUUGCUGGACCGCUGUGAUCAGCCCCUGACUUUGUUAAAAGAUAUCAGAAGUGUCUUGGAGCCAACUAGAGGCAGGGUCAUCCUUGCCCUGGUCUUGCCCUUCCAUCCCUAUGUGGAAAACGUAGGUGGCAAGUGGGAGAAGCCAUCAGAAAUUUUGGAAAUCAAGGGACAGAACUGGGAAGAGCAAGUGAACAGUCUGCCUGAAGUUUUCGGGAAAGCGGGUUUUGCGAUCGAGGCUUUCACCAGACUGCCGUACCUGUGUGAAGGGGACAUGUACAACGACUACUACGUCCUGGACGACGCUGUCUUUGUUCUCAAACCCGUGUAACCGAAGAGCGUCUGCAUUCUCCAUUAUGCAGGGGAGGAGCUGGGGGACUGUCGGGCUAAAGAUCAUGUAGGAAUUUAAAAAGCCAAAAUACUAAUUAUUUCUUUGUAGUGUGUAAAAGGAAUGUUUUUUUUAAAAAAACAACCCAACUCUUUGAUGAUUUUAUCAGCUCUUACUCAGUAUGCAGGUCUCACUCCAAUUACAGGAGAUAUUUUUUAUACUUCAUUGCAGUGGGGACUCCUUGCCAGUCCUAGCAAUAGUCAUGACUUUUCAUGGAAACAGCAAAUGCGGAUUGUUUCCAAUAAAGUGAGGACUGGCAAUGAAGGUGUCCUUCAGUUGCAAAUACUGGUUAUAAGGUAUAGCCACUGGCACUCUUUCCUGUUUAGACAUCUUUCUGUCCUUAUUCAAGAAAAUGUUUUAAUCAUGCUAAUAAACUCUUUUGGAGAUGACUUCAGUAUCAGGUUUGAGUUCAUGAAAGGCUCCCAGCACCUUGCACUGCUUUGACUUCAGGGACACCCCACUAGUCACGUUAUGUGGAAGAUGCAGCUGCAGGAAGGGGCGAGGGGCGGGGGCUGUGAAUUGUGAACACGGAGGCAGUCAGACCAGCCCUCGAGAACCACCUCACUUGGAUACAGUACUUCAGGGACUACCACCCACUCUCCAGUUCAUGUUGCUUUGGGGAAUGCAAAACACUGGCUCAGCCUUUGUGGUAGCUAACGUCCUACACUCAGAACUUUGUGUUUCUGGACAAUCUCAGGUUCUCAGAACUGAAACAUUCAGUUAUGUCUACCAAAAAAACAGAACCUAAAGAUGUUUUAAUUCCACUUCUUCCCCUACACUUGUAUACCUCUUUCCCAGGACUUGGUUCAUCCUGAAAUCCUCCCCUGAAUUUAUUAGUUGCCAAGCAUAUGGGUUGAUGAAGACUGUGUCGGACUCGUGCAUUCUAGAAUCUGUGAGUGCCUCCACCACAUACCCAGACAUGUUGCAAUGCAGGAACUCAUUAGCUGGUCAGUAACCAUUGUGGAUAUUCCAAAGAGCAGAGCACUUAACCCAGAAUCUAAUAUCUCAGUAAUUGCAGAGAUGCCAAUCUGAGAUUGAUGUUUAUAAACAAUAUGUUAUUGUUACAACUUCAUUUCUUUUCCCAGCCAGGUGUUUCACUAAACAUUCCCCUUUAUAUGCUCAUAGAAGUCAUCAGAUCAACACGUUUACCGCAACACCUGGGUGUAAAGGCGCAUUGCAGCCUUGAGAAGAAUGGCUUCGUUAUUCAUUAGGAGCGGCACUCCCACAUCCUCACGCCCGUGUCUCCCGCUGUCAUGGUGUAGUCAUAAUAAGAGUUGGGUUAUGUGAUUUAUGCAAAAUUGUUGGUACGUUCUAAAGCUUUUUUCCAGGAAUUCAAAUAAGCAAAGUGCAAAUACUUAGCACCCUAGACUGUAAAAAUAGAAGGCGGAAAUGAGUAAACAAUGUAGUUCUUGUACAGUGGAGUUUUGCUUCUUUAUGAACUGUCUGUCAUUACCAGGGGUUGCUAUUAGACCGUUGAGCAAGAGUGAUAGAUGUUCAAAGAGGCGGUUGCCUCAGUGUUUCAUAACUUUGAAAUCGAGACUUAAUUUGAUGGUCUGUUCAAAACAAAACUCAUUUGUUACUCAAAAAAGCAGAGAAAGCACAAACAUUUAUGCAUUUCGAAGAUAAAAAUCGUUUCUUAACAUUAGAUUCUCUGAAGACCUAAUUAUCUUUGAUGUUUUGUGGUGAAAAUUUACACCAGCAAAUCUCACAGCUCCUAGCUGGUCUCUGAAGCCUGGUGGUGUGCCAUUUCGCUAGAUGGCGCUGUUGCUCACUCAGUGUCAAUGGCUUUUUUUUCCUUCCCUAAAUGGAAUCAUGUUUUUCCCCCACAAAGUACAAUAAAGCUGCCUUCUUGUCUGCA